CAUAACCAAUGAACGACUACCCACUGAAGCAGAUGUCUGACUCUCACAGCAGCCCUCUCCUGGAAGAGCCUCUUUCCAGCAGAUACAAAUUCUAUGAGUCAGAGUUUACCAGCCCUGGCAGUGCCUCAAGCCCCCAAGACACACACCCAGCCCUGCCCCUCCUGGAAAUGCCUGAAGAAAAGAAUCUCCGGUCAUCCAACGAAGAUAGCCACAUUGUGAAAAUUGAAAAAUCCAAUGAAAGGAAUAAAAGGAGAGAAAGCGACGCAGCCCAUCGGGGCUUUGCAGGCCGGGAGGGCAUCAGCCUCUUCCAAGCAGUGGGCUACCUCACUGGUGAGAUGAAGGAGUAUAGGAGCUGGCUGAAAGAUAAAUCCCUGGCCCUCCAGUUCGUGGACUGGGUCCUGAGGGGGACUGCUCAGGUGAUGUUGGUGAACAACCCUCUCAGCGGGCUCAUCAUCUUCAUAGGACUCCUGAUCCAGAAUCCCUGGUGGACGAUUGCUGGGGGUCUGGGAACAGUGGUUUCGACCUUAACUGCCCUCAUCUUGAGCCAAGACAGGUCCGCCAUCACCUCAGGACUCCAUGGGUACAACGGGAUGCUGGUGGGACUGCUGAUAGCCGUGUCCUCUGAGAAGUUAGAUUAUUACUGGUGGCUUCUGCUUCCUGUGACCUUCACAGCCAUGGCCUGCCCAGUUCUUUCUAGUGCCUUGAAUUCCAUCUUCAGCAAGUGGGACCUCCCGGUCUUCACGCUGCCCUUCAACAUUGCUCUGACUCUGUACCUGGCGGCCACAGGCCACUACAACCUCUUCUUCCCCACGACACUGGUGGAGCCCGUGUCUUCAGUGCCCAACAUCACCUGGACAGAGAUUGAGAUGCCCUUGCUGCUACAAGCCAUCCCCAUUGGAGUUGGCCAGGUGUAUGGCUGCAACAAUCCCUGGACAGGCGGCUUGAUCCUCGUGGCUCUGUUCAUCUCCUCACCGCUCAUCUGCUUGCAUGGAGCCUUUGGCUCAAUCGUGGGAAUACUAGCAGCCCUGACAGUGGCCAUGCCCUUCGAGAUAAUCUACAUGGGCCUCUGGAGUUACAACUGCGUCCUCUCCUGCAUCGCCAUCGGGGGCAUGUUCUACGCCCUCACCUGGCAGACCCACCUGCUGGCCCUCGUCUGUGCCCUGUUCUGUGCGUACAUGGGAACAGCCGUCACCAACAUAAUGUCAGUGGUUGGUGUGCCACCAGGCACCUGGGCCUUCUGUCUCUCCACCCUCAUCUUCCUGCUGCUGACAACCAACAACCCCGCCAUCUACAAGCUCCCACUGAGCAAAGUCACCUACCCAGAGGCCAACCGCAUCUACUACCUGACAGUGAAAAGCAGUGAAGAAGAGAAGCCCACCAGCGGCGGCGAUGGGGAGCAGCCAGCCGCGACGAGCCCAAAGGCUGAUGAGGGCUCAGAGGCCAUGCUCCCCAAGCCCAGGAGUGUGUUCCACAUCGAGUGGUCAUCCAUUCAGAGGAGGAGCAAAGUGUCUGGAAAAGGCGAGCACCGGGAGAGACAAAGCAAAGACCUAUUACCCUAUCAGUACCGGAAGCCCACGGAGGAGUUGCUGGAUCUGGACACCAUGGAGGACAGCUCUGAGAUAAAGGUGGAAACAAACAUUUCCAAAACUUCCCGGAUUCGAAAUACCAUUGCUGCCAGUGGGAAAAGGAUCAGCAAUGCCCUCAGCUACAUCACAGGAGCGAUGAAGGAGUGUGGAGAGGGACUUAAGGACAAAUCCCCAGUGUUCCAGUUCCUGGACUGGGUCCUCCGGGGCACAUCUCAGGUGAUGUUUGUCAACAACCCCCUCAGCGGCAUCCUCAUCGUCCUUGGCCUCUUCAUCCAGAACCCCUGGUGGGCCAUCUCGGGCUGCCUGGGCACCGUUGUGUCCACUUUGACAGCCCUCAUCCUGAGUCAGGACAAAUCAGCCAUUGCGGCAGGACUUCACGGCUACAACGGGGUGCUGGUGGGGCUGCUGAUGGCUGUGUUCUCAGACAAAGGCGACUAUUACUGGUGGCUUUUGCUCCCCGUCAUCAUUAUGUCCAUGUCCUGCCCCAUCCUCUCCAGUGCCCUGGGCACCAUCUUCAGCAAGUGGGACCUCCCGGUCUUAACGCUGCCAUUCAACAUCGCUGUAACCCUGUACCUGGCAGCCACGGGCCACUACAACCUCUUCUUCCCCACCACGAUCCUGCAGCCUGUGUCCUCCAUGCCCAACAUCACCUGGUCAAAGGUCCAGGUGCCCUUGCUCUUGAGAGCCAUCCCUGUUGGAAUCGGCCAAGUGUACGGCUGCGAUAACCCCUGGACUGGAGGCAUUUUCCUUGUAGCUUUGCUCAUAUCUUCACCUCUUAUUUGCUUACACGCUGCAGUUGGAUCCACCAUAGGGAUGUUAGCAGCGCUCACGAUCGCAACACCCUUUGACUCCAUCUACUCCGGCCUGUGUGGCUUCAACAGCACACUGGCCUGCGUCGCCAUCGGGGGCAUGUUCUACGUCAUCACCUGGCAGACACACCUGCUGGCCAUCGCCUGCGCACUGUUUGCAGCCUACCUGGGUGCUACCCUGGCUAACAUGUUAUCUGUGUUUGGAUUACCACCCUGCACUUGGCCCUUCUGCCUCUCAGCACUCACCUUUCUGCUCCUGACAACCAACAAUUCUGCCAUCUACAAGCUUCCACUCAGCAAAGUCACCUACCCAGAGGCCAACCGAAUCUACUACCUGUCUCAGGAGAAAAACAGAAGACCAUCAACUGUAACAAAGUACCAGGCCUACGAGGUCUCCUAA